GGUGUGUUAGGGGGGGGGAAAAAAAAGGAACAAGUUUGCUUAACCUGAAAAAGAACAAAAUAUAUAUAUAUAUACACUUACACAUUUAAAACAUUUAGGUAUUUAAUACUAUCCAUACUUUGCGGUCGCUUCUUUAAGUAACCUUUUUGGGAAAAAGUAAGAUUAAAUCUUUGUUUUAUUAUUUAUUUAUAAAGUUUAUAUUUUGUUUUCAUCUUUAAAAACAACUUCACCAGUGGUCUUAAAGAUGAUUGACGCUGUUGUACCGGGAUCUGAAGCCUUGCCCUUCGCUAUACAGCUGAAGGCCCUGUUGGAUCAAGAGGCAAAAUACCAGCCCAAACUGUGUGGCUUGAGGUUAAUUGAAUCGGCCAACGAUAGUGGCUUGAGAAUGACGGCCAGGCUGAGAGAUUUUGAAAUCAAAGAUCUGUUAUCUUUAACUCGGUUCUUCGGCUUUAGUGCAGAGACGUUCUCUCUUGCUGUGAAUCUGCUUGAUCGGUUCUUGGCUCAAAUGAAGGUGCAACCAAAGCAUUUAUCCUGCGUUGGGCUGUGCUGUUUUUACUUGGCUGUGAAAUCUGUGGAGGAGGAGAGGAAUGUCCCGCUUGCCAGUGACUUAAUCCGAAUCAGCCAGCGGAGAUUCACCGUUUCAGACAUGAUGAGAAUGGAGAAAAUCAUAAUAGAGAAACUCUACUGGAAAAUAAAAUCUACUACUGCCUUGCAAUUGCUGAGGCUGUAUCACUCGCACAUCACUGAGCAAUCCGUCUCUGAAAGCAAAAAGCUGCUGAACGUUGAACGGCUUGAAGCUCAGCUAAAAGCAUGCCACUGCUGCUUUGCUUUCUCAAAAGCAAAGCCCUCUUUGCUAGCUCUGGCUAUACUAGCUCUGGAGAUCCAAGAGCAGAAGCUUCAUGAAUUGGCAGAUUUGUUGCAGAGUCUCCAGCAGCAGUCCAAUAUUUCGUGCCGAGAGCUGUUCUACUGGAGAGAGCUGGUUGCUAAAUGCCUUGCUGAAUACUCUUCACCCAAGUGUGCCAAGCCAAGCAAUCAGAAACUGAGGUGGAUCGUAUCGGGGAGGACUGCUCGGCAGCUGAAGCACAGUUAUUACAGGAUAGCGCACCUUCCAACGAUUCCAGAGACUGCGUAACCAAGAGAAAAGGUGCUGAUGUGGUGGUACUUGAUGCCUGAAGAAUUAAUGUGUUCAAGAAAAACCUCAGAUGAAAUUGUUAAAGAACAAUUUUAGUACAGGCAGAUGUUUAGAAAUUGCAUUUUAUUUUUUUGGGAUAACACUGUUUAUGGGGAAGUUGGUAUUCUGGUCAUAUUUGAUGCAGCCAAGAAGUGCUAAAAUAUACAUCCUGUACAGUUAUUUUGAAGUGAUAACACUGUAUAAACCUACAGUAUAUGUAAAAACACUUCUUGGAUAGUGAUCUUAAAAGCUGUGAUAUCCAAUGGUCUAUAUCAUGCAAAUUUCAUGUUCUUAAAGUUGCUUCCUAAAGUUGUUUGACAUGGAAGUUUAACUUAAGUGAACUGAAGUUUUAAACUGGUUUGUCCAUUUUUUUUUUUUUUUUGCAGUAUUUGCACUUUGAGUACGAUUGUAUUAUGCUACAGAUUUGGCUACUACCACUAAAGGGCUAAGCAUUUUGAACAGCUGUGAUGAAGAGCCAUUGUAUAGAUGAUGGUUAGACUCUACUACAAAGAGCCUUUCUGUUAUGUUUGUAUACUGUACCAGCACGUGCUCCAUUUUAGCCAUGAGCUGUUGUAUAUAUUAGGAUUAAUUUCAUCAAUGUAAAAAAAAAAAAAAAAAAAAAAAACAACUCUGGUAAUAGCCUUUAAACUAUAUAAUUUUUGAAGAAGCUCGCUGUUUAAAUGUAAAGCCUUCAUUACAUGUAAAUUGAAGAACAAGGUUGGUCUUAAAUUUAAAAAAAAAAAAAAAAAAAAAAAAAAAGCAGUAAAUGGAUGAAGUAUUUCAGUGUUUUUUUUUCCAGUAUGAUGUAGUAUUUAAGGUUUUGUUUUGCCUUUUUAAUGUACGCUUUAUUACUGGGGUUUAUUUCUUCAUGAUCUGCACUGCAGCAGAUCUAAAUGCCACUGUCCUUUUUAUAUAAUUGAUCACUUUUAAUAACAUCAGUACAGUAAAAAGGUCUGCUUCAGUUUAGAUCAUGAAAAUAGACUUGGGUCUUCUUUUUUUUUUUUUUUUUUUUUUUUUAUGUAUAGCAUAUUUAUUCAGCCUUGUUCUUUGCUUCACUGAUUUUUGAAGGCUUAUUUUUGUGUAUGUUUUCACUUUAGUCAGUGCCAUGGUUCUUGGUUACAUCGCCUUUUGCACUGAUGAGGGUUUAAGAGCAGUAAAGUUAUGAACCACCUAGGUCCUCAGUCCACUAUGUGGAAGAGGAGGAAGAAGGGUUUUGUGAGCUAAAUGAUUAGAACAUCAGAAACCAAGAAAAUUGAACCCAAAACCCUUAAACUUCCACCCUAGGUAGCUGAGCAAUCCUAAUACACACUCCUACCCAAGGUUAUAGUUGUUCGAGUUUUAUCUUUUAGGUAAGAUAUUAAAUUGCGAUCCUUACAGCAGAUGAAAUACACCACUCAUAGGAGUGGUGUAGUGAGGGGCACAGAGCAGCGACAUCUGCUCAAACAUUUUCUUUUUGGUGCCCAAAUGAUUGACAACCUGUUUUCUCUAUUUCCUACAACACUACAUGUUUUUCAAGUUGUAGGCGCGGCUUAACAGCACCUGUAUUUGUUUAACAUGAAAAACACAUCUUUUAAUCACCUAAAAUGUUAAGUGGCUCUUAGGGAGACUCCUGUUCAGUUAACAUUUUUUUGUUUUCAGUGUAUGUUUUUGUUUUUUCUUUUGUUGUUCAAUGUUCUUAAGCAUUAUCAUCAUAUUGCUUAUGUUGAGGUGCAGUGAUGCCUCUGUAAAGCUCAUUUAAACAGUGAUCUAGAUCAUGGUAGUCACACCAGACUAGCCUAGAGUGUUUAAAUUUUUUUGUACCCUACGUUACCGCUAUCAAAUUUAAAGUUAGAGGCAUAUUUUAGGUUAUUGCAAUUAAUAUCGUAUUAACAUUUAGAAGUUUAGGUACAUUUGCAGGCAGUAUCUCUCCAAAAUUGCCCCCCCCCCCCUUUUUUUUUUUUUUUUUGUUUUGUUUGCCUUUUGGUAUAGAAUAGAAUGAUGAACAGUAAAUUGAUGGUUUAACCAGAAAUUGUUCAAAGCCAUUUUGUAUCAGUCACUCGAAAUACUUUUACCUGAAAUCUGGCUUUACAAUUAAGUUAAUGUUUUUUUUUUUUUUUUGUGGCUCCUACUGAGUGAAGAGCAUUUUGAUAGUUAAGAAGUACACCCACAAAGGCAUGAAACUGAAACUAUGUAUGCUUUUGUUGUGCCUUGAUGUUGCUGAAAUUCCUUUUAAAUACAAUUUAAGAUUAAGACAAAUAGAAACAAUAGAAAGCUGGUGUCUUGCUCACUUAGAAAGACGUGCAAUGUUGAAUUUCCAAGCUUUACGCUUAUAGUCCGCCAGCUGAGAAAUGUGGCAGACUUGUGGGAAAUUACUUGUUUUCAGGGUAAAGACUGUCAUGAACGAAGUAUUGUUCACUUUUUUUUUCUGUAUGACCUUUCAAUAAAACUAUUGAAAUGUGA